AUGGGCAAGUACUGGCUUCUUCUAUGACUGGACCAUUUUCUUAUUGGUCUUUAGGCCAAAGAAUUUGCUUUGAGUGAGAGCGGCUGGGACGAGGUUGAAUGGGGAAGCUGAGUUUUGGCAGAGUUUUGGAUCGUUUUUGUCUUUCUUCUUCUGGGUCAGGCUCUUGUCUCUGCAUCAAUAACUAUGCCUCAGAAGAUGAGCGUGAGCUAGAAAGCAAGCCACUGAUUACAACACCUGAAACUGGCCAGUUGGUGAAAAUCAAGGAUGUUAUUUCUGCACCCCCGACCCUGGCUCUUCAAUUGAAGCCCAAGACGGUUGUGCUAAAAGUGUCGAUGCACUGCAAUGGAUGCGCAAGGAAAGUCAAGAAGCAUAUCUCCAAGAUGGAAGGAGUGACAUCUUAUGAAGUAGACCUGGAAAGCAAGAUGGUGGUGGUGAUUGGAGACAUUGCUCCUUUCGAAGUGUUAGAGAGUGUAUCUAAAGUGAAAACCGCCGAGUUAUGGACCGCUCCUGCCUGCUAGCCAAAAUGCAAGGAAACCUGCCAUUUCUUUUCAAUGCUAUUCCAAAGACUAAGGCUAUAAGCCACGGGGAACAAGUGGACAAGACGACUACAUAGACCUCGUGCCAUGUAACAUUGAAAUGUAUUAAUAUACAUUCACAUCUAUAAAUAUUGUACAUGUCAAAUAUCGUGCUUAAUUAUAUCCAAUAGAGAUC